AUGGAUGAUUUUGUCCUUAACAAAUUAAAUGAAUGGGGUCUCAGCGAGUGGAUAGAAAGAUUUGAAGAUCAACGUAUUGACACGGAGAGUCUUUAUUGUCUCAAUGAACACGAUAUCGACGCCUUGAUCCCAAUAGUGGGACCAAGGUCAAAGUUCAAGAAGAGACUCAAGUUGUUAAAGGUAAUGUUGUGUACUGUGAACACAAUUUACACAAAUACUGUAUUUAAGGAACAAAACACAGCAAAUCCAGAAACAGUUGAUUCGUCUACUCAAGUUUGUCCCUCAACAAGCGGCACAAGUGAUAAAGGAAAGAGAAGGUUGGAUCUUCAGGGCGAGUCUAGCCAAUCACCAACUAAAAAACAACGACUUCACACCACUAUGGCAGAAGAAAUCAUACUGUCUGAAGUGAAAACCAUCAUGGGAUGUGUCCAUCUGAAAAUACCUAGCCAAGACAACAAGCUAAACAAUUUCCUGAGGAGAAAAAUCAGUGGUUUGGAGACAGACAAGAGGGAGAUGGUCGGUGUCUUUGGCAAAAGCGGGGCUGGAAAGAGCUCUUUGAUAAAUGCCGUCAUUGGAGUGAAGAAUCUCUUGCCCUCUGGAAGCGUCAGAGCAUGUACCUCAGUCAUGAUUAAAGUGGAGGCUAACAUGCAGAACUCAAAGUAUGAGGCAGACAUUGAGUUCAUUACAGUAGAGGAGUGGACCGAUGAGCUGUGGUUCUUCUUCCUCGGGGAUAAUGCGGAUCAGGAAAGUAAUCAGAAAGAUGACGGUGAUCGUCGGGACAUUGUUGAAAAGCUGUCAGCACUGUAUGGAGAAGACUGGGAAAAAAAAUCUCGUGAAGACCUCAUGGAUGGCAAAUAUUUCAAAGAGAUCCCAGAAUUUCAACUUCGCAAGAAAAAGAUUUUGACAGGCGGAUCAGCUAAAGAGCUAUCUGCGAAAUUAGUCAAAUACACAAGAAGCGGCCCAAAAGAUGGAGAAGGUCAAGAAGUGAAGAGGUGGUAUUGGCCACUAGUGAAGUGUGUCACUAUCAGGGUGCCAAAUAAUGAUCUUCUUAAGCAUGUCACAAUUGUUGAUCUUCCUGGAAAUGGGGACCGUAACAAGGGCAGAGACAAGAUGUGGCAACAGGUCGUUGGAAGUUGUUCCACUGUGUGGAUCGUGACUGAAUUGAAUCGAGCUGCGUCAGAGCCAGAAGCCUGGGAGAUCCUGGAAAGUGCCAGUAGCUUCAUGGGAAAUGCUGGCGAGUGUCGGCAUAUUCACUUUAUCUGCACCAAGUCUGAUAGUAGUAAAAAUUCUAAAUAUCGUUCACCAGCUGAUGUUCGUGAUUUCAUAUUGAAAACAAACGAUCAAGCAAAGAAAGAAGUGAGAAAAGAAUUCAGCAAACUACACACAGUUAAGAAACAUUUCAGUGAUGAAAGUUUCGUAGUGUUCACAGUGAGCUCCGAAGAGUUUCUAAAAAAUGAACUUCUACAUAAAGAUGACACUGAAAUACCCAAACUUCAGGAAUUUCUGCAGAAUCUCAAUGACAGUCACUCAGAGACGUUAAACUAUGUGUCUGGAGCUCUUGGGAUUCUCUCUCUGAUUCAAGGGGCCAGCCGUAGAGAAGGGGCUGACAUAAAGGCAGCUGUUUGCACAGACCUUAUACAAAAGAUGAAGGAUGAACUUGAUAAAAUCAGGAAACCCAUGGAAGAGACUUAUCAGGCUUUCGAAAAAUGCCUCAGUGAGGGGGUUGAAAAAUCAAAAAGUUUAUUGGAAAAAGUCUUGAAGUCGGUCAUACAUCCUAGAAAGUCAGGUAGUGGUUUCCAUGGGACCCUGAAGGGUAUAGUAGACGGUGAUGGCAUCUUGAAAAAAACAAGAACACAUAAAGAAAUAAACCUCAAUAUGAGGUUAUCUGCAUGCCUGACUGAGAGCAUUGAUGAAAAAUUCAAGAAGACCUUCCCAAAUGAAGGAAAACCAUUCAAUGGUGUACUCAAUUCGUUUUCACUUGACACGAAGAAGAUGAGGGAGAAGACAGAGUACGAAGAUGUCAAGCUGCAACUGAUGUUUCUCAUUACAGAGGAAGAAAAGAUAAAGACGAAACUCAACAAAAUCAUCUGCGAUCGUAAGAAAACGAUUUACAGCAGUCUGAUGGAAACGAUUCAGACAGCCAUGCAGAAAUGCUACAAUGAUGCAAAACAAAUUAGAGGAACAGGGAUGCUGCAAAACAUUAGGGACACUAUUGUGAAGCAUGUACAUGGGUCAAAGGAUGUCAUGUUUCAGGAAGCUAAAGAUGAUAUGUUGAACCAGCUGAGGGACUUGAUGAGUUACAUCCAGAAGGAUCUGAAAAAAACAAUGCAGGAAUCAAUCGAGAUGUCACUCAAGACUGAUGGUGUCUCAAUCCCAGACGUUACAAAGGAGCUUGAGAUGGUGAGGAACCACCAUAAAGAACUGAUGGGAAGCCCAGAUGAAGAAAACCACUAAUCUGGUAAAAACUGUUGUUAAAAUAUCUACAUAAUUCCUCAGGAUGGAGCUGUUCUGAAUAAUGCUAACAAUGUUUUUAAUUACACUAGUGCUGCACAGCUGAUUACCAACUGAAGAGUCCCGCGGGCUCGCUGAUUAGAGCCGGGAGGCCUCUGGAUUGAUCUGAACCAUUUUUGUCAGGCCAUUUA